UUUACUGUUAUUUUUAUUCAUUAUUAUUCAAACAAAACCCAUACACUCAAAGAUUACAGCAGAUUUUUCAGGGCGUUCCUCUAAACUGAACGGAACCUUGCUAUCAGUUGUUUUGGCAACUUUGGUGGGUUUGUUAUGGCCGAACUAAAAGUGUACCAAAGGAGGGAGGAGCAUGCUUCCAGAGGCAAUGCCAUGGAAGAAAAACAAGUACAGAAACAUAAUUUUUUGUUCCCACCCACGCCUGUAAAGCCCAUUACACGAAGGUCACAAAAAACCUAUGGUAGAAGAGGGUUGAAGAAAAAUUUGAGCCGCAAUAGUUUACUGAUCACUGAUUCCCAGUUGGACCUGGAGGAUUCUAAUGAGGUUUCUUUGUUUUCUUCUGCUCCAAGUUUUUCAGAGGAAAACAAGGGAUUGAGUAACCCAAUUGCAGCUUUGCCCACAAAGGAAAAGGUACAUAAUUGCAGUGGAAUUACAGACACAAAUUUGGGUUUUGUUGACUUGUUUGAUUUGAAUAAGAUUGUGUUGGAGUCUGAUGACACAAAUUAUGCUUAUAUGGACUCUGAGAAAACAAGCAAAGGUUUUCUGGAAGCAGAAUUGGCAGUAGAACACGUUGCAAAUAAUGAUAAUGAAGUUUUGACAAUGUGUGAGGAACAGCUCUUGCAAGGGAGCAGUGUAACUUCUCCAACUCCUCAGUCAUCUCCCAGUGCAACAGAAAGGAGCUCCUUUGACAUGAUGAGCACUUGUUUCUCUCAAGUUGUGCAAUCUCAUAUUGAUGCAGAAAAGCCAAAGGAGCCAAUUGGAAAUAUGUUGCCUAGUGUAGAGCUGUGGCUUGGUCCUGCCAUCCCAGAUUCCAUGUCACAAUGCAAGUCCGAUGAUCAACAAAAUCAGAAAAAGCAAGAGAAUCAUACAAAGAAUGACGAUUGCAAGUUCAAUGCUGCAAACUGUAUUGGUGGCUCAGCAUUGCCUAGCACUUCAAGCCUAUCAGGGAAAAAGAAUAACUUGAAAAGAAGACCAGAGGGUGGAAAAGAUUUGAACGGAAGGCCACAGAAGAGACGAAAGAAGAGAGGAUAUAGGCCGAGAGUGGUUGGUGUAGGAAAGCCUAGAAGGACUCUGGAGCCUAAGACACCACAGAAAGCAACACCAAAACCAAAGACACCAAAGCCUACAACUCGAAUGCCUGCUUCUUCCAAGACAAAUAUGUCAGUAAAGAAGUCUUCAAGCAACCUCAAAAACUUGGUACCCAAAGAAGUCUCUGUGGAUAAAGUUGACCUUUCUGUAUCAGACAGACCUACUCUAAACAUCGACCUUCAAAAUCAAUCAAAUGAUGAAUUAGCCACCCCUCCGCGAAAAGCUAGAAUUGGUCGCCAAAAAGCUAAGGAUAGCUCCCUUGAUUCAGAAGGCAGCAGCUAUUUUGCAGCAGUUGAUGCUGAAGCAGGGAAGUUGGUGGGAAACUGCAUCAACCAGAACGAUUGGCAGUACAAUGCAUUUCAAGUUGACCAAAAAACUUUCCUAGUAAAUCAAUGCCUCAACUCUAGCAGAAACCUUGGUCUGAAUUUUCCUAAGAUAUGCAGGAAACAAAGGAUGAGGAGGAGGAGAUGGAACGUAGACAGGUGGUCAGUAUUAGCAAGUAAGUUUCAUGAGAAUGCAAGCCAUGUUACACUGAGAGGUACUAACAAGAAAUCAGUCCCGAAAAAGAGUCAAAAAGAAAUGUUCAAUAUGGUUGGCUACAAAAACCAUGGAAGGCUGCGAUACCAAACAACAGAAAUCAUAGAUUUAACUGAUGGACUGCAGUCACUAAUUAAGACAAAGAACAAGAGAUCAAAGGGGCGUACUGUGGUGAACUUUGCUGGUCUAACUGCAACUCCAAUUUGCAACCAGUUGCCCAGAGCCCUUCUCAGAGAAAGAGUUAGUGAAAGGCAAGAAACUGAGACUUUUCAGAGGCUGGAUGCUAAUAAAGCCGUGUUAUUUGCAAAUGAAAAUGGAGGGGCGGUGACAGAUAAAUGGACUGAUAUGGGACAUUCCCUUGUCAAUUUAGAGCUUCAUGAGGGUCCUUGCUUCACCAACUUAAGACAACAUGAAUGCGAAGAAGGGGCAGCAGAAGAGAGGUUGACUAAGAUGGUACCCUCCCUUCUUAAUUUAGAGUUUCGUAAUGAUAAAACUGACAGAAGCCUACUGCAAAAUGAGACAAUGCAGCUGACUGAAAAAUCAAUAGAUUCACCGGAAGACAAUAUCAGUCCACUUGUACAGAAAUGUCCAUAUGUGAGCCAUGGAGGUAACCAUGACCAAGAUGCACAUGUUGCAAGGAACGACCAGGGAAUACUAGUUCCUUAUCAAGGACAACGAGAUCAGGGUACAAAUAGUCCUCAUGGUCAGCUUGGGAUGUUAGCUGACAAGGGAAAGAACAACAAAAGGCUUGCAGAGCUUUCUGACGCAGAAUAUGAACUAGCUUUGACAUGGAAGGUUCAAAUGGAAGACAAGGUUAAUGAGGAUCAAAGGAAAGAAGGUGAUGAGGAUUGGUGGAGGAAUGAAAGAGAAGUCUUUCAUGGACGGAUUAAUCUACUUAUAUCUCGGAUGCACAUAAUCCAGGGAGAUAGGAAAUUUUCACCUUGGAAAGGUUCUGUGGUGGACUCAGUUGUUGGGGUUUUCCUAACUCAGAAUGUGUCAGAUCAUCUUUCAAGCUCUGCCUUCUUGUCACUUGCCGCCAGAUUCCCCUGUCAGUCUACUUCCAACAAAACAGAUUGUAAAGACAUCAACAUGGUAGGCAACCAAGAAUCGAUUGGGAGUAGCAUCGUUUCUAUCAUUCCAGUAUCUGAUGAGGAGUUGCUCACAUGUGAAGCUGCAGAGUGUGGAAAUAAGGAGUCAAGCUCUGACGAAUCAAAUGACUUUGAAGGGGCGUCAAGGUCUCGGUGCGGUUCCUACAAGCCUCCAGAGGUUUCCCAAAUCCAUUUCAAUGAAAAGGUAGAUCAUGUGGAAAUCUUGGAAGACAGUUUAGUGUCCUAUAAUCCCCAAGUUCAGCAGAACCUUUCAACAGAAGUUGGUUUUCAUGCAUCAGAAGGGAUGUCUAGUCUGCCACCAGAGUGUAGCUCACCAACGAAGGAUGAGGGGGCUGCACUCUAUUAUGUAAAUAUGCCACUUGAUAAGCCUGAGAGCACAACUGAUACUACUAUGAUCCAAAAUCCGAAACUUUGCUCGCAGCCACCUAAUGAUGCCAACAGCUUCAACCAGAAAGAACAGAAGGGAAACAAACUGAAUUUAAAACAGCGACAGUCAGACAUGAAAUCUGGCGAGACAAAGAAAGCUACUCGAAGAGGAAAAAAAGAGAAGGCUAUAGUGCAGGCCAAAACUGAUUGGGAGUUUUGCAGAAAGAUCUAUGGUACCAGUGGAGAAAGAAAUACAAAUCACAUAGACUCAGUAGACUGGGAGGCAGUUAGACACGCAGAAGUUGGUGAGAUUGCUCACGCUAUCCGAGUGCGUGGCCAACAAAAUUUGAUUGCUGAACGAGUCAAGAAGUUCCUUAACCAAGUAUAUCAAGACCAUAAACAAAUAGACCUCGAGUGGUUGAGAAAUGCACCACCUGCGCUAGUGAAGAAAUACUUGAGAGACAUUAAGGGUAUUGGCUUGAAAAGUGUGGAGUGCGUGCGGCUUUUGACACUCCAGCAUGUAGCUUUCCCGGUGGACGUAAACGUUGGCCGGAUAGCGAUUCGUCUAGGAUGGGUUCCUCUUCAACCAUUACCUGAAUCGCUUCAGAUACAUCUAUUAAAAGAGAUGCCUGUGUUUGAUUCAGUUCAGCAGUAUCUUUGGCCUCGACUGGAGACCUUGGAUCCGUUAACUUUGUAUGAACUGCAUUAUCAGAUGAUAACCUUUGGAAAGGUUUAUUGCACAAAGAAAAAUCCAAAUUGCAAUUCUUGUCCGAUGAGGGGAGAGUGCAGACACUAUGCUAGUGCAUUUGCCAGUGCAAGGCUUGCCUUACCAGGGACGGGAAAGAAGGCGAGGCAAACUAAGAAAGAUAGUUCUACUGCUCCUCCGAUUGUGGGUCUUGAGGCACUCAAUUCAAUAGCACUAUCCUUUCUUGAGGCCAACCGUGAAUCAGAAUACCAAACCAAAAGUUGUGAACCUAUCAUUGAGGAACCAUCAUCACCACAACCUGAACCUACAGAACUACCAGACAUUGAAGAUCUUUGUCGCAGUGACCCUAAUUACAUUCCAACAAUUAAAAUGAGAGAUGGAAUUUUCUCAGGAAAUUUAAAGCCAUUCAUGGGUGUGUUUCGAGAAAAUCAUAUGCCAACAGAAUUAGUUGCUUCACAAACUGCUCACAUCCCAGCUCCCAAGCUGAAGCUUGUUGACCGUUUAAGGACAAAACACCUAGUCUAUGUAGUUCCAGACCAUCAUCCUCUAUUGGCAGGGUUUGAGACAAGAGAGGACAAUGAUCCAAGCCCAUACCUUCUUGCUAUAUGGACAUCAGAUCAAACUUCAAAUUCAUCUCAAUCACCUCAGAAAAGAUGCAAUUCCCAGGAGUCUGGAGAACUGUGUAUUCGUGAGAAGACAUGCUUUUCACACAGCAGUCUUCCAGAACAAGCUUCUGAUACAAUUCAUGGCACAAUUUUGAUACCAUGUCGAACAGCAACCAGGGGGAGCUUUCCACUCAAUGGGACAUACUUUCAAGUUAAUGAGGUAUUUGCUGACCAUGAAUCCAGUGUACGCCCGAUUAACGUUCCUAGAUCAUGGAUAUGGAGACUAGAUAGGCGAAUUGCAUACUUUGGAACCUCAACAAGUACAAUCCUCAAAGGCAUAAAAACAGCGGAAGUUGGGGAAUGCUUUUGGGCAGGUUUUAUGGGCGUGAGAGCAUUUGACCGCAAAACACGCACCCCUGAAAACCUCUCAGAAAAGUUCCACAUUUCAACAGCCAAGGCUGGAGGAAAGAAAAACAAAAAAGAGGACUAGUAAUGAGUAGGAGGAGAUGAUGCUGCAGACA